AUGGAUAAAAUUAACCAGACAUUUGUGCUAGAAUUUCUUCUUCUGGGUCUUUCUGGAUACCCAAAGAUUGAGAUAGUUGACUUUGUUCUAAUUCUAAUUAUGUAUCUAGUGAUUCUAAUUGGCAAUGGUGUUCUGAUAAUAGCCAGCAUCUUUGAUUCCCAUCCUCACACCCCAAUGUACUUCUUCCUGGGAAACCUCUCUUUUCUGGAAAGCUUAAUCUCAAAGAAAAGGAACAUUUCCUUCUCUGGAUGUGCAGUGCAGAUGUUCUUAGGAUUUGCAAUGGGGUCAACAGAAUUGCUCCUUGGCAUGAUGGCUUUUGACUGCUACGUGGCCGUCUGUAACCCUCUGAGAUACCCCAUCAUCAUGAGCAAGGUGGUGUAUGUACUGAUGGCUUCUGUGUCAUGGCUGUCCGGUGGAGUCAACUCAGUUGUGCAAACAUCUCUUGCCAUGUGAUUGCCUUUCUGUGAGAAUAAUGUUAUCAAUCAUUUCCCAUGUGAAAUAUUAGCUGUUCUCAAGCUUGCUUGUGCUGAUAUAUCCCUCAGUAUUAUCACCAUGACAAUAUCAAAUAUGGCAUUUCUAAUUCUUCCACUGCUGCUCAUUUUUAUCUCCUACAUGUUCAGCCUCUACACCACCUUGAGAAUGAACUCAGCCACAGGAAGACGCAAGGCUUUUUCUACCUGUUCAGCAUAUCUGACUGUAGUAAUUAUAUUUUAUGAUACCAUCUUCUUUAUGUAUGCCAAACCCACGUCUCAAGAACUGCCUGGAGAAAACAAGUUGCAAACUUCUGACAAGCUCAUUUCCCUGUUUUACGGUGUAGUGACACCUAUGCUAAAUCCUAUGAUCUAUAGCUUGAGGAAUAAGGAUGUAAAAGCAGCUGUAAAAUACUUGCUAAAUUGA